AGCAACAUAGUGUAUGUAGAAAAGAAAACACCUUUCUCAUUUGCCACUGACAAAAGCAAAUCCAUAAAAUCAGGGAUUUCAGAAGGUCUCUCUCCAAUAGAAUGAUUCGCAGAAGAUACCAGCUCAUCAUUCAUGUAAAAAUCCACACGAGCAAGCCUUUCUUAACCAAUUCUUCACACGUACCUCACCCCUUCAUCAUAAUUCUGACAUUCUUAUAAGAUCAAGACACAUAGAGUAAAAAAGGAGGAGAAGGGGAUCGCAUUAAAAAUUACUGUAAAAACAUUCCAAAACCCCAUUACUAAAGCUCACUAACAUCUUAUUUCAACUUUGAAUUUCACAUUGAAAUUCAAAUUUUGGAGAGCCAAACCCUCACCCAAACGAAACAUCAACAGCAGUCAAAAGUUCAUAGAAAAGGAGAUAGAAGAAGAAGGAAGGCAUUAAAGAGAGAAGAUAAAAGAAAAAAGGGAAGAACUCAUUUGAACUUCGCCAGAGAAGAUAUCUCCGGAGUAACUUAGAAUAGAGAUGGCUGGAAGAGGUAGAGACGAUGCUGCGAUUGCUGAGGCUCUGGGUAUGCUAGCUGGAGUACUUGGAGGGAAUCCGAAUGUUGUAGGAAUGGGAGCUGCUCGCCAACUGAGUGAGUUCCAGAAGAACAAUCCUCCAAUGUUCAAGGGAGCAUACGAUCCAGAUGGCGCUCAGAAGUGGUUGAAGGAGAUCGAGAGGAUCUUCCGAGUAACUGAGUGUGCCGAUAACCAGAAGGUCAGGUUCGGUACGCAUAUGCUGUCAGAGGAAGCUGAUGAUUGGUGGGUUGCUACCCGCACUGAGUUGGAAUCUGCUGGAAAUGCUGAGAUCACUUGGGCUGUGUUCAGAGAGAGAUUCCUGAGGAAGUAUUUUCCAGAGGAUGUUAGAGGGAAGAAAGAGAUAGAGUUCUUGGAAUUGAAGCAGGGCAAUCGGUCGGUUACUGAGUAUGCUGCUAAGUUCACAGAGCUGUCGAAGUAUUACACUCCCUAUAGUGAGACUGCUGGAGAAUUUUCGAAAUGUGUGAAGUUUGAGAACGGGUUGCGUCCCGAGAUCAAGCAGGCUAUUGGAUAUCAGCGGAUCAGAGUGUUUUCUGACUUGGUUGACUGUUGCAGGAUUUUUGAACAGGAUUCCAAAGCCAGAGCUGAGAGCUAUCAGCAAAGGGUUGAUAGGAAAGGCAAGAAUCAGAAUGAUCGUGGAAAACCGUAUGCAGCUGGCAAAGGUUUUCAGAAGCAGAGUGGGAUGAAGAGGCCUAGUGGGGGAGACUCCAGUGCCCCUGCUAAAUGUUAUAGAUGUGGUCGGGCUGGACAUCGUGUCCAUGAGUGUACCAGUGCUGAGAUGAAGUGUUUCAAGUGUGGAAAAGGUGGUCAUUUGGCUGCAGAGUGUCGGUUGAAGACUGUAACUUGUUUCAACUGUGGAGAGUUGGGUCAUAUCAGUCCACAGUGUCCUAAGCCGAAGAAAGAGAAUCAGUCAGGAGGCAAGGUCUUUGCCUUAUCGGGUUCUGAGACUUCUGCAGAUGAUCGUUUGAUCCGAGGUACGUGUUAUAUUAAUGGCUUUCCUCUUGUAGCUAUUAUUGACACAGGUGCUACUCAUUCCUUUAUAUCUUUGGAUUGUGCUGUGAAACUUAAGUUAGAGAUAUCUGAGAUGCAUGGUAGUAUGGUGAUUGAUACUCCUGCAAAGGGUUCAGUGACUACUACUUCAGUUUGUUUGAAUUGUCCUUUGAGUAUUUUUGGUAGAGACUUUGGGAUAGACCUUGUGUGUCUUCCAUUAGUGCAGAUUGAUGUUAUCUUGGGUAUGAACUGGUUGGUGUUUAACCGAGUUUCUAUCAAUUGUUUUAAUAAGACUGUGAUCUUUCCUGAGAUUGAGGAAGGAGAGAGUUUGGUUCUAUCAGCGAGGCAGGUGAAUGAGGCAGUAGCAAAUGGGGCAGAGUUGUUUAUGCUGUUAGCGACUUUGGAGGCUAAAGAUAAGCUGGCGAUUUGUGAUCUAGCAGUGGUGUGUGAUUUUCCUGAUGUGUUUCCGGAAGAAGUGAAUGAAUUACCGCCAGAGCGUGAAGUUGAGUUCUCGAUUGAUUUGGUACCUGGUACUAGACCGAUAUCGAUGGCUCCGUACCGUAUGUCUGCUGUUGAGUUAACUGAAUUGAAGAGUCAGUUGGAAGAUCUGUUGAAUAAGAAAUUUAUUCGUCCGAGUGUGUCACCGUGGGGUGCACCAGUGUUAUUGGUUAAGAAGAAAGAAGGUACUAUGAGGUUGUGUGUGGACUACAGGCAACUGAAUAAAGUGACGAUCAAGAAUCGGUAUCCUUUGCCGAGGAUUGAUGAUUUGAUGGAUCAGUUGGUUGGUGCGAGUGUGUUCAGCAAGAUAGAUUUGAGAUCCGGGUAUCAUCAGAUACGUGUGAAAACUGAGGAUAUUCAGAAGACUGCUUUCAGGACAAGGUAUGGACAUUAUGAGUAUUCUGUAAUGCCUUUUGGUGUGACUAAUGCGCCUGGAGUAUUUAUGGAGUAUAUGAAUAGGAUUUUCCAUCCGUACCUAGAUAAGUUGGUUGUGGUGUUUAUUGAUGACAUUUUGGUGUAUUCGAAAUCUGAAGAAGAGCAUGCUGAGCAUUUGAGAGUGGUUUUAGAAGUUCUACGCGAAAAGAAGUUAUUUGCUAAACUGUCUAAGUGUGAAUUUUGGUUAGAGGAGGUUAGUUUUCUGGGUCAUGUGAUUUCAAGAGGUGGCGUUGCUGUUGAUCCUUCUAAGAUAGAAGCGGUAUCUAAGUGGGAAGCUCCGAAGUCUGUUGCUGAGAUUCGAAGUUUCCUUGGUUUGGCUGGUUAUUAUAGGAAAUUCAUUGAGGGAUUUUCUAAGUUGGCGUUACCGUUGACGAUGUUGACUAGAAAGGGGCAAGCGUUUGUUUGGGACUCAAAAUGUGAAGAAGGUUUCCAAGAGUUAAAGAGAAGGCUAACUACUGCUCCUAUUCUGAUAUUACCGAGUUCAUCGGAAUCAUUUGAGGUUUACUGUGAUGCUUCGUUGUUGGGUUUGGGUGGUGUGUUGAUGCAGAAUAAGCAGGUUAUAGCUUAUGCUUCGAGACAACUGAGGGUUCAUGAGAGGAACUAUCCGACGCACGAUUUAGAGUUGGCAGCUGUGGUAUUUGUUCUGAAAUUAUGGAGGCAUUACUUGUACGGGUCAAGAUUUGAGGUUUUCAGUGACCAUAAAAGUUUAAAGUAUUUGUUUGAUCAGAAAGAGCUGAAUAUGAGACAGAGGAGAUGGUUAGAAUUUCUGAAGGAUUAUGACUUUGGUUUGAAUUACCAUCCGGGUAAAGCAAACGUAGUGGCUGAUGCAUUGAGUAGGAAAGCAUUACAUAUGUCUAUGUUAAUGGUUAAGGAAUUGGAUUUGAUUGAGCAGUUUAGAGACUUGAGUUUGGUGUGUGAGAGUACUCACAACAGUGUUAAAUUGGGAAUGUUGAAGUUAACAAGUGGUAUUCUGGAUGAGAUCAGAGAGGGUCAGAAAUCCGAUGUGUUUUUGGUUGAUAAGUUGACUCUAGUGAAUCAAUGUCAAGGGGAAAAAUCAUCUGCGAUGAUUUUAUCUUCAGUCAAAAGCGUCAGGGAAACCCUUGAGAAGGAUCCUCUCUCCGAUUUGGGUCAUAUUGUCAAUAUGGCUGAGAAGCAUGAUCGAUUUGGUAUUGGUUAUCAUCCUUCAGCACGUCAGACAUAUCAACAUGCUAGGGUAACCCUCUUUCAUGAUAUUAUUCAUAAAGAUAUUGAGGUUUAUAUGGAUGAUAUAAUAGACAAGUCCAGAAAUGAAGACAAUCAUUUGAGGAAACUAUUUUCCAGGCUCCGAAAGUUCAAGUUGCGGUUGAAUCCUCCAAAGUGCACCUUUGGGGUCCGAUCGGGUAAAUUGUUGGGUUUUAUUAUGAGCCAGAAAGGUAUUGCGGUUAAUCCUGAUAAAGUUCGAGAAAUCUAA